AUGGAUGUGGAGCGGCUCAUGAAAGAUCUAACAGUGGAUCACCUUCACCAAAUCCAGCAAAACUUACAGACGGAGAUGGAAGGUAAAAAAGAAGAGCUCCGUGAGAUGGUCGGUCGAAGAUAUCGCGAUGUUCUUGAGGCUUCCACUGAGGUGCGAACCGUACGAGAGCUCGCAGAGGCUCUUGCUGAAGCCGUCGCUCAUGCCAGGACAACUCAAAGUGUCGUUGAGCCGAGACCCCUUUCGCGAGAGCAGCAAGUGUCCGUGCAACGUUUUAUUGCCUUGCACAGACUCUUGGCUGUGAUAGGUGAACCAGACGGAGAUGCGCUCAGUGAUGCGUUCGCCCUUACUUUGGCCGAAAUUCUUCACAAGCAACUGGCUACUGAGCCGUUGUCCACUGCGAUGCAUGCCGUCGUGUCUGGGCUUACUGGUCGGGUAAUUCGCACGCGUCGGCAACUUCUGUCGGAUUUGGAAGAAGAAGUUGGUGAGCUGUCAGAGCCGGACUGGGUGGCGAAUCAGCUGACAGCGCUGGCUCUGCUUCGAGGAACGGAUUACGAGCAACUUUUGGACAUUUAUCUGACAGGAAGAAAGGCAUGGCUCAUUGAACAUUUCUCUGAAUAUUUUUAUCGAAGCAAUUUUAUCACGAAGCUGACAACCGAGUCUGGUUCUCUUCUGAAUAUCGUCACUGAAAUCAAAAAAACUCUCGUGGUAAUCGAGCAGCUGUUUGCUCAGGGAGAGCUCGUUAGAAUCAUUCAGGCUGCUGCAUGUCCGUCAUAUCGUCCAGCUUUGAUUGACGCGAUCAUAUGCGAUGAAGCGUUCUCAUUUGGUCGUAUGCUCAUAGCCGAAGCUGAAAAAGUGACUCGUCAGCUGAGAGACUUCAAGACUAGUCCGAUUCUUUCGCAGAAGAUCAACUCUAAAUGUACAGAUUGGGUCAAUGAUGUGUGUGGUUUUGCUCGUGAACCGGUGAUGUCGAUCUGUGAAUUCUACGAGAAAGCGGACGACAUCAUCGAAUUCCUCCAUGCAAUUUCUGGAGUCUUGGGAUCGGUAAGCUGA